GAUUCUGGAACGGCACGCGUUUAGAUUUCUAGGAGAGGAUUUUACUUUGACCAAAAAUCGCUCAGACAUCCAGCAUCGGCAACUAUUUUCUGUACACCCUCUCGUGAAAUGUUUUCGUGAGCCGGUGAGCUUCCAGGAACUCUAUUUCCGUGUUGGUUUUUGAGAAAUUCAAAAGGCCACUCUAUGUCCGGCCUCAUUCAGCCUUUUGACACCGCACGAAGGUGGCACAAGUUUGAGUCAUAGCUUGGUUACGUAAUACCAGAGCUUUAGUAUACCGUCGCGGUUCAGUAUUAGUAACUACUGGUGACCUAGUAGGUCAUGCCUUGUUAUUGCUGAGUUCUCGCGCGCGCGACUACCUGACAGAUAAUGCACGUUGAACGUGCAUCCGUUGAGCAAUACGCUGACGGCCGACGUGCCUGAAUGUGCGGCUAUUCCACUUACUGACCGGAAAGAUGAAGCAGUCAAUGACUCGUUGGAAGAGGGCCGUGAAGAAAGCAGCGUUAGUGACAGAAAUAUUGAUACGAGUAGCAGCAAUACCAAUAGUAACAGCCGUAGCGAUACUGAUGGUAACACCAAUCGUGAUAGCCAUAGCGGUAGCGAUAGUUACAGCGACAGUGACAGCAGUAGCAGCAGCAGCGACGACGACGAGGCGACUUCCACCAUAAAUAUUCGCGACACGGGGAAGGGAACGAGCUCGGGAAGCAACGUGUCGCCGAGAGCCGUGAGCUUGAGGGUUUUGAGGAACAGAAUCGUUUACGCGGGGUCCUCGACUUCUGAUAUUUAUGCCAAGGCGCUCUCGUUCAUCCAAGUGGGUGAGUGGAGUCAACUAACCGUUGGUCUCUGCCAGGCGUACCUGAGGUUUCACCAGCUGCGGGUGAGCGGAUCCAAGCCGGUGCUGAUCAGCCGCAUUCAGGAGCACGCCGAGAUCCACGACGUCAAGUCAGCCAUGCGCAAGUACCCGCGCGAAUCCUUCUCCAUCCACUGCAAAGGUGACGUCUGUAGAAAUGACGUCGUCCUCUUCAAGCAGUGCCUGUUCAAAGGGCACAAGAAGGGCUGUACGGGGUGUCUGGAAGUGGCAGGGAGAGUGAUCAUAGAGAGCUACGGCGAACUGAAGCAGCAGCACACCUUCACUGUGGAAGUGCUUUGGAGUGCCGGCUUGCAGCCAUUGCCUCCACUGAAGCAACACAUGUUGAAGGGGAGGAAGCUGUACGGAUUCUCAACGCAUCGCCAGUCUUGGGCCAAUGAGGAGGAGCGAGUAGCAGUCCUCGCCGAGAAGCAUGCGAGGGGGGGCGCAGCACGCAGCGUCCGCAGCACCCGCAAGGAGAAGACCCGGGUAGAGAAACGCGUCGCAGCAAGGAAGGCAGCAGGAGAAGCAGCGGUAGAUGCAGCCGCAAAGGCCCUGCAAGGCCUGACGAUACGAAGCUUCCCUCAGACCAAUAACGAGAAUGCUGAGCAGGAAGAGAAGAGCCGAGAGAAAGUGAGACCAGCUCCACCUAGGCCCUUUUCUUGCGUGAAAAGCAAAACCGAAUCCCCCUUGAGAAACCGGUCAGCCAAUGUGGGUGCGCUCAUGUGUGACUCACGAGACAGGGAAAUAUUGCGGCAGGAGAAUGUACGCCACGGGAAUGAGAAGGGACGGAAUGAGAAGGAUAGGGCGUUUGAAGCAGCGGCUGGCGAUGGGAGGCGUGUGGAGGCUGGUAGGGGAGAGGUGAAAGGAUGGAGUACAACCAGAGAUAGAGACAAGAGAUACGAUAGAGAUGACAGCAACAGACACAGCGACUCAGAGAGAGGCAGCGAGAGAAACAGCGACAGAGAAAGAGACAGAGACAGAGAGAGCGAGAGAAACAAAGACAGAGACAGAGAGAGGAACAACAACAGAGACAGGGACAAAGACAGAGAAAGAGAUAGAGAGAGAAACAGCGACAGAGGCAGAGGCAGAGACAGAAACACCGACCGAGGUAGAUACAGAGAAACGGACAGAGACAGAGACAAGGACGGUGAGACAAGGGACAGAGAUAGGGACAGAGACAGAGACAGAGACAGAGACAGAGACAGAGACAGAGACAGGGACAGAGACAGAGACAGAAACAGAGACAGUGCCAGAAGGAGCGACAGAGACAAAGACGGAGACAGUAACAGAGAUAGAUACGGAGACAGAAACAGAGGCAGAGGCAGAGACGACAGAUACUUGAAGUAUGUCAACUGCACAACCCCUCGUCAGCACCACCAGCAACAGCAUCGCCAGCAACAGCAUCACCAGCAGCAGCAUCACCAGCAGCAGCAUCACCAGCAGCAGCAUCACCAGCAGCAGGAACACCGCACUCAGCGUCAGCCACGGUAUGCCGACAUAAAUGCGUUUGGAAGUCCGGAGCCCCGAGACAGAGACUACAGAUCCGUGAAUUAUGUCAACUGUACGCCCCCUCGGCAGCAGCAGCAGCAGCUGCACACUCGGCUGGAACGCAGCACUCAGCAACAGCCACUGUAUGCUGAUAUAGUGAAGGGAAUCGGGCUUGGUAGUCCGGAGCUUCGAGACAGAGACUACCGAUCCGUUGAGUAUGUCAACUGCAUGCCCCCUCGGCAGCAUCAUCAGCAGCAGCAUUCUCAGCAACAGCAGUACCAGCAGCCACAGCUGUACCAACAGCCACAGCAGUACCAGCAACCGCAGCAGCAACAGCAGCCACAGCUGUACCAGCAGCAGCAGCAACCUCAGUACCAGCAGCAGCAGCAGCCACAGCUGUACCAGCAGCAGCAGCAGCCACAGCUGUACUAGCAGCAGCAGCAGCAGCAACGCCAGUGGUCUCCAUCGGCAGUUGUGGCAGGAUCUUAUUGCCAGAGUCACACUCCAGAUUCUUAUCCAAGCUCCCCGAUUGUUGUGAGCCCCCUCAGAGCAUCACCUUCAGCAGCUGUGGCAGCAUCAUACGCCUGGAGUCCCCCACCAGUUUCCUAUCCAAGCUCCCCAGUUUAUCUAAUUCACACUACGGGUUCCUAUGCACUCUCCCGGUUGUUGUGAGUCCCCUUGUAGCAUCACCUUUAGCAGCUGUGGCAACAUCAUGUUGCUGGAGUCACACACCAGGUUCCUAUCCAAGCUCCCCGGUGUUCCAAACAGUUAACCUGGUUUAGGUUAUCUCUCUAAACACUCUGGUUCUCCCGUAGAGCGACAACCCUCUUGUAUGUUACUCCUGCCCAACCUUUCCUGAAUCAGCAGGAAUCGGCACAUGCAGCAGCAGGGGAUGAGCCGCAUGCGACAGAUUGGCCACAUGCAUGCUCCAGCAUAUUGACUAUUGACAAGCUUGGAAUUUUGGAACUAGUCCGAGCAGGCAAGGCCUGGAAGCAUUAAACUAGAAAGGGCAAUUCCACGAAGCAGAAAGAAGGGAUGCUGAUUGGGGUGAAACGGGCAUGUCCACUGGAGUGGCCUGCCAAUCGGCUGCUGCACCCAUGUCUUGUGACUGCCACUACGACCAUUAGUUGCAU